ACUCAACAUUAUUGUGUCAAAACCAUGCAUAUAAAUCACACUUGGGUGGGUAUAUGUAAUGAGAUUAUGCAUUUAUGAAUAUAUUUUGCCACUAUAUACUAUACGCAUGGAUCAUAAUCAGAAAAACAUCACAUCACAUAAUGUUAAAUUAAAAAUCUUGCGACCAAAAAUAUUAAUAUUUUAAGAACCUUAACUUUAUGAAACAGAUUAGCGCACGCGCAGGUGGAUCCUCGCGCUCCUAGAACUUCCCAGGGUUAGUGCUCAGUUGGCCAGUUUUCCUUAGUUUCCCAAGAAGGGCUUGGCUAGGCACGUAAAUCAUUAAUAUUCAUAAGACAAACCAAGCUACGAUAACGCCCACUUACAAACGUAUGCCUUUCAGCCAAUCAGAGAGCCAAGUAAUGUUACGUUAUUAAUAUUCAUGAGCCAGAUCAUUAAACGGUGUGGCAGUUUCUCCGGUGUCUGGUCUUGGAAUGGAGUUUCUGUUGCGGCUUGAAUGAGGUUGAUGCUGCUCUGUUGCAGCUGGAAAGACGAACGCAUGGGAGAGGAGGAAGCUGGUGGGAGGUUACCGGUGUGUGUGGGCUGCAGACAUCACAUAUAUGAUGAGCAGUAUCUACAGGCGCUCAACACGGACUGGCACACGCUGUGUUUCAGAUGUUGUGAGUGCGGGGCGUCCCUCUCUCACUGCUACUAUGAGAAGGACGGUCGUCUCUUCUGUAAGAAAGACUACUGGGCGAAAUUUGGCGAGUUGUGUCAUGGCUGUUCGGAGCCCAUCACCACCGGACUGAUCAUGGUUGCCGGGGAACAGAAAUAUCACCCAGAAUGCUUCACGUGUCUGAACUGUCAUGCAUUCAUCGGUGAUGGAGACACAUACGCUUUGGUGGAGAGGUCCAAACUUUACUGCGGUCACUGUUAUUAUCAGACUAUCAUCACUCCAGUCACUCUGCCGGACUCUCCAUGCUCCAGAAUUCCUCACACAGUCACUCUGGUCUCUAUUCCUGCCACUGAUGGCAAACGUGGACUCUCCGUCUCCAUUGAUCAGGGACCCGGUUCUUAUGGCGACAGCCCCGAACACAACCACACCGUCAGAGUGGCACAGGUGGACCCAGAAUGCAUCAGUCCAGAUGUGAAGAACUCAAUUCAUGUUGGUGACCGAAUCCUAGAAAUCAACGGAACCCCCAUUCAGAACGUUCCUCUAGACGAGAUUGAUUUACUCAUUCAGGAAACGAGUCGACUGCUUCAGCUGACUAUCGAACAUGACCCUCAUGACCCCAGGCCCUCAGAGGAUCAGGUCGAUGGCCCAACACCGCUGUCUGAGGGGCCGAGCCCCGUCACACCCAUCACGCGACCCCCGAGCAAGGACAUUAACAACCUGCGCUCACGCAUAAUCACGCGUAGCUACAGUAUUGACAAAUCACCAUGCUCGAGUAACACGCCAUCACCGGUGUCUCUGAGGAAAGACAUCGGCCGUUCAGAGUCGCUGCGAGUCGUGUCAAACCCCACACACAGAAUAUUCCGAGCGUCUGAUCUCAUUCAUGGAGAGGUGCUCGGGAAGGGCUGCUUUGGACAAGCCAUAAAGGUGACACACAGAGAGACAGGUGAGGUGAUGGUGAUGAAGGAGCUCAUUCGAUUCGAUGAAGAAACACAAAGGACCUUCCUCAAAGAGGUGAAGGUGAUGCGAUGUUUAGAUCAUCCUAACGUGCUGAAGUUCAUCGGCGUCCUCUACAAAGACAAACGGCUCAACUUCAUUGCCGAGUACAUCAAAGGAGGAACCCUGAGAGAAAUCAUCAUGAAAAUGGACAGUAAUUAUCCGUGGAAACAGAGAGUGAGUUUUGCCAAAGACAUCGCGUCUGGAAUGGCGUAUCUGCACUCCAUGAACAUCAUCCAUCGAGAUCUCAACUCACACAACUGUCUCGUCAGAGAGAAUAACAGUGUUGUGGUGGCGGAUUUCGGUCUGUCUCGUCUCAUGGUGGAGGACAAGCACCAAGACAAACUGUCAUCUGGACAGAUCCCGAGCGUGAAGAAACCUGACCGGAGGAAGAGGUACACUGUGGUGGGAAACCCAUACUGGAUGGCUCCUGAGAUGAUACACGGAAAGAGUUAUGAUGAGCGAGUCGACAUCUUUUCCUUCGGCAUCAUGCUGUGUGAGAUUAUAGGGCGAGUCAACGCUGACCCGGACUAUUUGCCCCGGGCGAUGGAUUUCGGGCUUAAUGUGAAGGGGUUUUUGGAUGAUUUCUGCCCAUCUGAAUGUCCUGCGUCUUUCUUCCCUAUGGCGGUGCUGUGCUGUGACCUGGACGCAGAGAAACGGCCUGCAUUUACUAAGCUGGAGGCGUGGUUGGAGAAUCUGAAGAUGCAUCUGGAGAUGGGCUUGCAUCUGGUGUCAGAGCUGGAGCACAUCCACCAAGACUUCUGGCAGAAAAACACGCUCAGCAAGAACAGACUGCACACUCAUCCAGAGCAGCCUGAGUAGCCCUAGCUAGGGUCCACGCUGAUGGUAUUAACCAGAGACUAUGAUGAGGGAGGGCGAACAAGGGCGGUGAGCGGCCGUGCUGUGAUGUAGUCCACUAGAGGACUUUGAAGUCCACUCUGUGCAGCCUGAGGGCGUUAAGACACCAUGCUUCUGGAAAUCCAAGCGCCAAAUUCGACCUGCAAAUUGUUUGUGCUGCCCUAGUGUUACGUCACUGUUCUGUGUAUUCAUCAUCUACUGUCAUAUCAUUGGUUCUGGUUGAAAGGCACUUGACGCCAGUGUUUUGUUUGUGCAACAGUUGUUUGGAGCUUCGCUUGAGUCCGUUGAAUUCAUUUGUUCGCAAAACAUCAACGUGAAAUCACAAUUACACAUCACAAACACAUUUGUGGCAUAACAUGUCAAUCAUGCAUUUGUAACGCAUGCUUCAAAAUAGCUUUUGUUGUCGCAAUUGUUUGAUGCUCAUCAAAAGGUAUUGUUGGUUCAUUCACGUCUUGAUGGAAUUAUCAUAAUUACGAGUUUCUGGAUUUCUUUGUUAAAAGUUUGGAAACUGAAUUUUAUGAAAGCUUAGACUAUUCCCACUUGACUGUUGAACUGUCAAAACUGCUUUAGCUGCGACAGUUAAAAGUAGGCAAGAUAGUUUCGUCUCGCAAUUACUAUAAUUCUGACAACACAUGAACAUACCAUGUAUACAGAGUAUACGGACAGUUGUAUUUGGUCCUAUGUGCUGCGAUUGUUUGACAUUCGUCAUUUGGCACUGUUGGUUUGUUCACAUAUUGUCGGAAUUGGUCGUAAUUAUCGUUAUUAUUAGUUUCUGAGUAGUAAAAACGUUUAGAUCUUGAAAACUGUGAAUUUAAUGAAAGUUUCGACUUAUCCCACUUGACCAUUGACGUCAUAUAAAACUUUAAAAAACUGUGUUAGCUACAACAAUUACCGAAAUUACAAGAUUAAACUACCUCAAAUAGGUAGUUUAAUCUUGCAAUUUCUGUAAUUGCAACGACACAUGAAUGCACCAUUUAUACAGACCAUACAAACCGCUGUGUUUGGUCCUAUGCAUUACACAGUGCUAUUGUUUGACGUUCGUCAUUUGGUAUUGUUGGUUCUUUCACGUCGAUUAGUAUCAACGUUUUGUUCUUUGUCAGUAAGUCGUAAUUUUAUAAAAGCUUCGACUUUACCAAAACAAGGUCACUUGACCAUUGACGUCAUAUAGAAAAACAAAACUGCGUUAGCUACAACAUUUAAAGGUAGUCGAGGUAGUUUAAUCUUGUAAUUACGGUAAUUCCAACGACAUAUGAAUGCACCAUGUAUACGGAGUAUACAAAACGGCGUGUUUGGUACUACACACUACAUAGCAUCGAUAAAGUCUUGUCUUCACGUCCUUACGUUAGGUACGCACUUAUCACAUGUAAACCAACAGUGUUGGUUGCACUAUUAUUCCUCGCCUGUUCUCGAAAGGCGAAUCCGGGCAUAUCCCGUGGUGUAAAUAGCGAAUUAUAGAACAUGCUGUAAAUGUUUGACAUAUUGUAUAUGUGCAGACAUUAUUUUGUAUACCGAUUCCACAUUUGCGUUUUUUUUAUUUGGAUACGCGCUAAAACGCAAGACAUCAAUGGCUCAGUAAAAAUACUUUUCCAGCGGCUUCCCGUUCCUGUGAAGAAAACGCAAAAAACACGAGAUAUAUGAACUAUGGGUUUCUCUGUCUUGUUUAGCUGCUCGCUUACACUGAUUAGGUUACUUGAUUUAUUGUCCUUCUGUGAAUGUCCCGUGACUAUUGCUUGAAAAUGAUUUUACUCUUUAAUGCAGAAUUGACUUGUUCAGAUAAAACUUGAUCAAGAUCUUGUACUUUAUUGAAAAUGUACCAAAAUCAGUUGCUUGUUACUUUUGGACGGGCUGACGCUGAUAUCUGAUUUGGACUCAGUUUCUUCCCAGGCUUGUGAUUUUCGUGAUUGGCACUUUCCACAAGAGGGGUGUAAAAGAGGGUCUGAAGGUCUUAUAAAAUGGAAUCAGUUAAAGGAUGUCCUUGGUGUUUGUCCAUUAUUAGUUUGGUUUGGGUUCCCGCUCAGUACCUUUACAAUGCCUACCAAAACAAUUAUUGUAGUUUUACCACAGGAACUAUAUUUGAAGUAAAAGCAUAACUUCCCAAAACUUAGGGCAUGUGUAAAUAGUUUAAAGCCCUGAUAAGUGUGAAUUUGUUAUCUUUUAGCAACAAUAUUUUACAAUUAAAACUAUGCCAGAAUGGGUAUCAGGGCUUUGCUUAAAUUAAGCAGUAGGCUUUGCUAAAUGUUUAUUUCCCUUUAAUUAAAGAAAUAUAUUUGUUUGUCGCAUAAUUGUCGCUUUAGUAACAGGGUUCAAUGCUAGCGAAAAAUGUCAUGAAACGCCAUUUUAUACCCUAUUUGUAGAAAAUGCCGAUUGCGAGCCUGAUUUUACAUUCACACGUUAUACGGUUUGACUCUGGCUCGAUCGUCACUUGGAAACGGGUGAACUGCGGCAGCAUGGAGCUGAAUGUGUGUUGAUGUUUCGCGCAUCUCCCCGUGGGAGUCCUCGUGUCAACACAAACGCUGCUGCCUGUAAAUAUCGUCCUGAAAACGCUUCACUUCCUGCUUCCUCCAGAGGUCAUGCUGCAUGUGUACCUCGCUGGCUGUUGCGUCCCCUUCUAGCGAUCCAGCUCUUCGCAUCAUGAUGAACAAAUUUUGUUAUUAUAAAAUCAAACUCGGAGCAGGAACAUUUGUACAGACGGAUAUCAAGAGCCACUAAAAGAUAUUUAAAAAAAAGACAAAAAGUAAAAACACAGCCUCUGUUUAUCUUUUUGAAUAGAACCUCUAUUAUCUCUUUUAUAUGAAACCUUAAAAUGAUUUUAUUUGCACUAUGUAAGAAAAUGGUUUUCAUUGUUUCUUUGGUUACUCAGAGAUUGAGAUGUUUAGUUAUUAAAUGAAUGCAAGUCACUGAUGGGGCCUUUUGUGAAGUUUGGCUCUUUUGGGCCCGCCUCCUGAGCAGCACACUGAUCAUGACGAGUAAGAACCAGCAAACCGAGUCCAUUGAAGUCUGUUUCGUCACUGAGUCGAUGUGACUAAAUGAGGCUUUUUUCAUUCAUCAGACGUGUAUUUCUUUUAGUUUAGAAAGAUAGUUCAAUCGCAGACAAGUCCUUUACAUCCAUUGUUUUUAUUUAAUAUCAAUAUUGAGAUCAAUAAUAGCAGUAUUGUAAUGAACAAAAUAAGCCAUAUUACUAUUAAUGCCAUAAAUUCUUAAAACAAGUUUUAAUUAUAUUUUUUCUUUUUCAUAACAAAUAUUUAGCAAUAUUUUUGGUUAUAACACGCAUAAAUGUACCAAUUGGGAACAGCAACAACUGUUUAUUUAGGGAAAACAAAUGUAUUUUUCUUCCAUCUUUGGCGAAGAGUUUUUUCAUGUUAAAAGCAUAAACUCCACCAAAUGCUUUGAAAACAAGACUAUAUAUAUAAUAUAUUGCCAUUCUCCAUCUCAAGGUUUUCUAUGUUUGUGAUGGUAAAUAAGAAUUUUGUAUUCGUUUUUUUGCAGGUUGUCUUCCUCUUUAAGGCCCAAACAUACUCUAUGCAAGUACAUGAACGCAGAUGCAGUUUGCUACGCAAGCUCGAUUACACGCGUCGUUGCGUUUCGAAAUGUGUCAGCGCUCAACUCAUAACCCAACGCAAGUUGCAUUCUCAGCGUUGCCACAAGGGGCGCUAGAGAGGAUUUUCUUCUCUCGAUCAACAACUAUCAUGGUGGACUCGGGCAGCAAUUUGAGUUGAACUUUUUUGUAAAAAAUAUACGUUUUGUCUUGUUUUUUCAUCUAGACUCAUCUACCACAUACGGGCUGAAUCUGAAAACGUAGGCAGCUGACUUGCUGCCUAAUCCGUUAAUGGCUUAACUAACAGCUGUUGAAUGAGUGGAACUCUUAAGGAAACUGGUCAUCCAGGCAAGGCAGCAUUUUCCUGCUUUCAGACAUGGAGCUAUAAAAUACCAGUUUUGGACGCAGCACCAGUUUCAUGGUCAUGCCUAAAAAACGUAUUGCCGUCUUGCGGUCUGAGGUUGGUAAGCACCAGAGCAAUGCAAGAGCGCAGGUAAUGUUUGUACAAUGGGACCGCGCAUUGGUCAAGCACUCGCAUCUGUGUUUGCGUACUUGCGUGAAGGAUGUUUCGGCCUUUAUAUUGUGCAUGAUUCAAGCAUGUCAUUUACACAUUUUGGCAGACACUUUUAUCCAAAGCGACUUACAGUGCACUUAUUACAGGGACAAUCCCCCCGGAGCAACCUGGAGUUAAGAGCCUUUCUUAAUGACACAAUGGUGGUGGCUGUGGGGAUCCAACCAGCAACCUUCUGAUUACCAGUCAUGUGCUUUAGCCCACUACACCACCACUAAUCCCUAAAUGUGAAUAGUUAAUAGAAAUAACAAUUGAAGUUGUUUUAGUCAAUUUUGCCAAUAGUUAACAUGCCGGUUAACGUAUAAGAGGUUACGGCAAUAACGAUAGCAAAUAUAUAAUAGCACAUGAAUAACGAUCUCAUAUGACAUGCCCAAUUUCCAUCAUUCACUCAAUUCACAGUGGAUAAAACAAAGUAUAUUUUCAUUGAAUAUCCUGUUUCGCUCUGAAAUCCAUUACAUGACAGGUUAAACGUUGCGAAUGCUGUUUCAUGAUGACUUCACUGAAGUGACAACGGUGUGUUAUGUAUUAGUGAUCUUUGAGAGUUGCUGCUCAGGAGGUGGGCACUACAGCCAAACUGCUGCCUACAGAGAGGUCUCUAUGACAGAUGUUAUAACUGCUUAAUCGUGUUCACUGUCGUGUGUGGUUGGACCACUGCUAACAUUUACAGAAAAUAAGAGCACUGAAAUGAUGUAGUCUAGCUUUUAACUUUGUAGAAGUCCAACUCAGGGUACCAUUACUGAAAAAGCAUCACGUCAUGACUGGACAGCACAGUACACGCAUGUACACCUCACGAACGACUCGUGAACGUCAAUGUGAACGCAAAUGAUUGGGCAGUGACCCUGAACUUUAUCUUGUCCAAUGGAAUGCCGAAGCAGUUCCUCUCUCGAAAUGAUCCUUUUUACCUCUGGACAUUGCUGUGCCUUUGUUUUACGCUAGCCUUGCCAACGACUUGUAGCUUGUUUUGAGCCUGAUGAGUUGAUCUGAAAUCAUUGCUUACAUGUUUCAAUGAGAUACACUCUUGUUCCUAUACUUAUUUAUAUUUUCAGUGUCUACAUUGUCCAGUUUGGUGUUUUCGGUUCAUGGUUCUGUUUUGUUUUUCCUGUAAUGAAUGUUUUUCUGAAGCUGUGAAAUGACUCUGCACUUUAAACAUUCUGGCCAUGAACGUUGUAAAAUGAAAGGAGUGUCUGUAUUUCAGCCCAGAAUAAACUCCUGAUG